ACAUUGGCAUCAAAACCUUCAAAAAAAUCGUAUAUUCCAAUUCAUCAAAGAAAAAUUUCAGAGAAGAAAAUUUCAUAUAAAUCAAAACCAUGGCUUAUUGGUCAGCAGAAAAGGCCACAAAGGCCUAUCUUAGCACUUUGGAAAUGGGCCCAAAAGCAAAGGAACCAGGUGUAGCUGAAUUUAUUUCAGCAGAAGCAGCUGGAUACAAUGCACAACUAAUGGUUGUGGCAUGUGGUGGUCCAGCUGACACAACAACACUUGCAUUAGUAGCUGCUGCUCACCAAACUGGUGGAAAUGUAAUUUGCAUUGUCCCUAAUCAUCAAGAUCUAAUUUCCUCAAAAAAUUUCCUAGGAAUUUUUGCAAAUCAAGUUCAAUUCAUGGUUGGAAAAGAAGGUCAAGAAAUAAUUAUGGUGUUAAACCAAGCUGAUUUUGUGCUAAUUGAUUGUAACUUCAUGAAUCAUGAAGAGAUUGUUAAAUUGGUACAAAUUGGUGGGAAUAUUCGCGAAUCA